UUCGCUCUUCCAAAAUGAUAAUUCCGGUGUAUUUGGUGGCAUUUUUUUGCACUGUCGUGUUGGGACGGUUGGCCGAAAAGGACCAACAGAAUCCGGAAAGAAAAACGGAUCUAGCACGACUUGACUUGAAAAUAGCUCAUCAACCUGGACAACCCGACGAACCUCAUCCAGAAAUUUUUCCUAGUGUCGAAAAUGUGGGAAAAGAUGCGCCGGGGAAGUCUGAAUUAAUCGGAGAAGCUAAAUCUGAAUCGCUAGAGUCGGCGCCGGUUCUAGUUCCGCCCAACCCUGAAGAUGCGCUAUCCAGUCGAAGUCGAAGAUUUUUUCUUCCUUACCUUUCGUCGUCUUACCGCCGACCCUACUACCGCCGACCGUACGUGAGAGGUGCUUAUUAUCCUUAUUCCUUCGGAGGCAUCUUCGGAUAUCCGUAUUAUGGUGCUGGAUACGGUGACUACGGCGGAGGAUACUACGGCGGCUACGGCGAUUACGGUGGGGGCUAUGGUGAUUAUGGUGGAGGCUACGGUGAUUAUGGAGGGGGCUAUGGUGACAUCGAUAUCGGAAUCGAUUCAGAUUAUUAACUAAAUUAUUCGCCCAAAUAAAUCG